AGGGAAGGACACCGUGGACCUCGCCAUGUCUGCCCAGCCUGGUGGGCUGGCCCUCCUCUGCUUUCUGCUGGGUCUGCAGGGGUCUCUGGCUGCAGUCUUCAUCACCCAGGAGGAAGCCCAAAGCGUCCUGCACAGGCAAAGGCGAGCCAACUCGUUCCUGGAGGAGCUGAGACCAGGCUCCCUGGAGAGAGAGUGCAGGGAGGAGCAGUGUUCCUUUGAGGAGGCCCGGGAGAUCUUCAGGAACACAGAGAGGCUGACGCAGUUCUGGAUUUCUUACAACGAUGGGGACCAGUGUGCCUCAAAUCCAUGCCAGAAUGGAGGCUCCUGUGAGGACCAACUCCAGUCCUACAUCUGCUUCUGCCCUGAAGACUUUGAGGGCCGGAACUGUGAGACAAACAAGAACAGCCUGCUGAUCUGUGAGAAUGACAAUGGGGGCUGUGACCAGUACUGCAGCAACCAUGUGGAGGCCAAGCGCUCCUGCUGGUGCCACGAGGGGUACACACUCCAGGCUGACGAGGUGUCCUGCGCACCCACAGUUGAGUAUCCAUGUGGAAAAAUACCUGUCCUGGAAAAAAGAAAUGACAGCCAACCCCAUGGCCGAAUUGUGGGUGGCAAGGUGUGUCCCAAAGGGGAGUGUCCCUGGCAGGCUGCACUGAUCCUGAAUGGGGAGCUGCAGUGCGGGGGCACCCUGAUCAAUACCACCUGGGUGGUCUCCGCCGCCCACUGUUUCGACGGAAUCAAGAGCCUGGAGAACCUGACGGUGGUAGUGGGUGAGCACGACCUGAGUGAGAAGGACGGCGAUGAGCAGGAACGGCGAGUCGCUCAGAUCAUUGUCCCCGACAAGUACGUCAGACGCAAGACGAACCACGACAUCGCCCUGCUCCGCCUGAGCAGGCCUGUGGCCCUCACGGACUAUGCGGUGCCCCUCUGCCUGCCUGAGAAGGCCUUCUCUGAGAGGACGCUGGCCUUCAUCCGCUUCUCCACCGUGAGCGGCUGGGGCCGGCUCCUGGAGAAGGGCGCCACGGCCCUGGAGCUCAUGGCCAUUGACGUGCCCCGGCUGAUGACCCAGGACUGCCUGGAGCAGUCCAAGAAGGAGGCGGGCUCCCCAGUGCUCACGGAAAACAUGUUCUGUGCCGGCUACCGAGAUGGGAGCAAGGACGCCUGCAAGGGGGACAGCGGGGGCCCCCACGCCACCAAGUUCCAGGGCACGUGGUAUCUGACGGGCGUCGUCAGCUGGGGUCUGGGCUGUGCAGCCGAAGGCCACUUCGGGGUGUACACCAGGGUCUCCCAGUACAUCGAGUGGCUCCACCGGCUCAUGAGCGCAGAAACACACUCAGAAGGCUUCCUCCGAGCCCCGCUUCCCUAGCCCCUCAGGGCCGGCUCCGAGGAGCCUGCUCCUGGCACAUAAAGCUGCUGUUGCUUGGGUUGUCCUGGCUUCUGCCCUUAUUGGGGUGGGGAGGCGGAGAGGGAGGAAAGAAACAGACCGAGAGAGAGACAAAGAAGAAAAGAGAGAGAGAAGAGAGAUAGAGAGAGACUGAGAGGUGAGGAGAGAGGAAGUAAGGGGAGAGAUUCUAAGGAGACGGGGAGAGAGACUCAGAGAUUCCCAGAGACAGACUGAGUGAACAGAGAGAUGAGAGGCGCAGGGCCGAUGAUGAGGGAAACAGGAAGCUCAGCCGUGGUGGACAGGGCGCCGUGACCUGCACUCACCGGCGCAUCUCUGCGCUGUCUCACUGCGGACCCGGCAGACGGUGCGUGAUUCACUCAGUGACAAGUGCUACUUUCUCUGUCCUUUAACUCUCAUAUUUUUCUCCCUUAUACAAGUAUUUCUUCUUUGUUUCAAAUAAAUUGGAAGCAUCAUC